GUCCAUUAUAUGCAAAACUAAGAGCAUUAUGGUUUGUGAAAUGGCGGUUCGAGUUCGGGACCUACACCCAAUAUGUUAAUAGAUCACGAAAUUUUGGGAAAACUGGUCCCUACGAGGACGACUUCAUAGUAUAUAAAGCCUACCAACUCGUCAAAACGGCAUCAGUCAUCAACAGACAAUCAUAAAACAAUCAACAUGAACUCAUUCAUCUUAGCUAGUUUGGCCGCCUUCGUCGUAGCCGCGGGUGCUUCCGAGCACGUCCUACAAGGUCCCAGCAGCCGCGCUACCAUCACAGGCCCAGAAGGUAGCGUGAUCUCCUCCCACCAACCUGGGGGAACCGUCGUCAGCGAGGACCUCCCAGGAGGAGCCGUCCACACUGACACUGUAGGAGCCGUGGAGGCUUACACCGCGUUCACUGCACCUUAUGUUCAUCAUUCGGAACAUGUGGUGCCAACGGUGCAUGCUGAACGAUUGGUCCACGCCAGUCCCUACGUCCACUCCGAGCCCCUGAUCCACGCUCACGCCGAGCCUCUGGCUCAUUACGCAGCCCCAUAUGGAGCCCACUACACCGCUCCGUACGCACAUGCUGACCACGUGUCCCACUAUACCGCCCCCUACGCCCACGCUUACGCCGCGCCACUGGCUCACGUUUACGGAGCUCACGCUGCAUACUCUGCGCCUGUGGUGGCUGCCCAUCAUGCCGACUUCGCUCAUGGAUGGGCUUAGGAUGUGCUUAUAUGCUCAUUUGUAGGAAAUUAUCAGGAAUAAAGGACUUUAU